GAAAUGGCGCAGAAAGGAGUUCAGCUGGAUCGGGAAACCUUCUCUUGUUCCAUCUGUCUGGAUCUACUGAAGGAUCCGGUGACUAUUCCCUGUGGACACAGCUACUGCAUGAACUGUAUUAAAACCCACUGGGAUGCAGAGGAGGAGAAGAAAAUCCACAGCUGCCCUCAGUGCAGGCAGACCUUCACACCGAGGCCUGUCCUGCUGAAAAACACCAUGUUAGCAGUUUUAGUGGAGGAACUGAAGAAGACUGGACUCCAAGCUGCUCCUGCUGAUCACUGCUAUGCUGGACCUGAAGAUGUGGCCUGUGAUGUCUGCACUGGGAGAAAACUGAAAGCCCUCAAGUCCUGUCUGGUCUGUCUGGCCUCUUACUGUGAGAAACACCUCCAGCCUCAUUAUGAAUCCCCUACAUUUAAAAAACACAAGCUGGUGGAGCCCUCCGAGAAGCUCCAGGAGAACAUCUGCUCUCGUCAUGAUGAGGUGAUGAAGAUGUUCUGCCGUACUGAUCAGCAGAGUAUCUGUUAUCUCUGCUCUGUGGAUGAACAUAAAGGCCACGACACAGUCUCAGCUGCAGCAGAAAGGACCGAGAGGCAGAGAGAGCUCGAUGUGAGUCGACAAAACAUCCAGCAGAGAAUCCAGGACAGACAGAAAGAUGUGAAGGUGCUUCAGCAGGAGGUGGAGGCUAUCAAUGGCUCUGCUGAUAAAGCAGCGGAGGACAGUGAGAAGAUCUUCACCGAGCUGAUCCGUCUGAUGGAGAAAAGAAGGUCUGAUGUGAAGCGGCAGCUCAGAUCCCAGCAGGACACUGAAGUGAGUCGAGUCAAAGAGCUUCAGGAGAAGCUGGAGCAGGAGAUCACUGAGCUGAAGAGGAAAGACGCUGAGCUGAAGCAGCUCUCGCUCACAGAGGAUGACAACCAGUUUCUACACAACUACCCCUCACUGUCAGCACUCAGUGAAUCUACAGACUCAUCCAGCAUCAACAUCCGUCCUCUGCGCUACUUUGAGGACGUGACAGCAGCUGUGUCAGAAGUCAGAGAUAAACUACAGGACACCCCAUUCACUGCAGAAACACAUGCUGUUCAGAUCAGAGCUCGAACUACUUUCACUUUUGAGAAAGUGAAACUCAGACAGUUGUUGCCACUGAGAGGUGAAAUGGCGCAGAAAGGAGUUCAGCUGGACCGGGAAACCUUCUCUUGUUCCAUCUGUCUGGAUCUACUGAAGGAUCCGGUGACAAUUCCCUGUGGACACAGCUACUGCAUGAACUGUAUUAAAACCCACUGGGAUGAAGAGGAUGGAAUGAAAAUCCACAGCUGCCCUCAGUGUGGGCAGACCUUCACACCGAGGCCUGUCCUGCUGAAAAGCACCAUGUUAGCAGUUGUAGUGGAGGAACUGAAGAAGUCUGGACUCCAAGCUGCUCCUGCUGAUCACUGCUAUGCUGGACCUGAAGAUGUGGCCUGUGAUGUCUGCACUGGGAGAAAACUGAAAGCCCUCAAGUCCUGUCUGGUCUGUCUGGCCUCUUACUGUGAGAAACACCUUCAGCCUCAUUAUGAUGCUGCUCCGUUCAAGAAACACAAGCUGGUGGAGCCCUCCAAGAAGCUCCAGGAGAACAUCUGCUCUCGUCAUGAUGAGGUGAUGAAGAUGUUCUGCCGUACUGAUCAGCAGAGUAUCUGUUAUCUCUGCUCUGUGGAGGAACAUAAAGGCCACGACACAGUCUCAGCUGCAGCAGAAAGGACCGAGAGGCAGAGAGAGCUCGAUGUGAGUCGACAAAACAUCCAGCAGAGAAUCCAGGACAGAGAGAAAGAUGUGAAGGUGCUUCAGCAGCAGGUGGAGGCUAUCAAUGGCUCUGCUGAUAAAGCAGUGGAGGACAGUGAGAAGAUCUUCACCGAGCUGAUCCGUCUGAUGGAGAAAAGAAGGUCCGAUGUGAAGCGGCAGCUCAGAUCCCAGCGGGACACUGAAGUGAGUCGAGUCAAAGAGCUUCAGGAGAAGCUGGAGCAGGAGAUCACUGAGCUGAAGAGGAAAGACGCUGAGCUGAAGCAGCUCUCACUCACAGAGGAUCACACCCAGUUUCUACACAACUACCCCUCACUGUCAGCACUCAGUGAAUCUACAGACUCAUCCAGCAUCAACAUCCGUCCUCUGCGCUACUUUGACGAUGUGACAGCAGCUGUGUCAGAAGUCAGAGAUAAACUACAGGACGUUCUGAGAGAGACAUGGACAAACGUCUCACUGACAGUGACUGAAGUGGAUGUUUCACUGUCAGAACCACAACCAGAGCCCAAGACCAGAGCUGGAUUCUUAAAAUAUUCCCGUGAAAUCACUCUGGAUCCAAACACAGCAAACACAAUUUUGUUAUUAUCUGAGGGGAACAGAAAGGUAAUAGUAAUGAGAGAAGAACAGUCUUAUUCUAGUCACCCAGACAGAUUCACUUAUUGGUAUCAGGUCCUGAGUAGAGAGAGUCUGACUGGACGUUGUUACUGGGAGGUGGAGUGGAGAGGUGGAGGAGUUUUUGUUGCAGUCUCAUACAAGAACAUCAGCAGAGUAGGGAAUUCAGAUGAAUGUGGAUUUGGAUUCAAUGACAAAUCUUGGGCUUUAGAUAGUAACAAAAACAGUUACAUGUUUCGGUACAACAAAGUCAAAACUCCCGUCUCAGGUCUUUGGUCCUCCAGAAUAGGAGUGUACCUGGAUCACAGUGCAGGUAUUCUGUCCUUCUACAGCAUCUCUGAAACCAUGACUCUCCUCCACAGAGUCCAGACCACAUUCACUCAGCCUCUCUAUGCUGGACUUUGGUUGUGUUCAUUUGGAACCACUGCUGAUUUUUGUAAAGUCAAAUAGUCAGAAGUCAUUUCAGGGACAGUGGGUUAAAUUCUGUGUUUUCCUUAGCCUGAGCACCAACGUCCCCAGUACCGCUGACUUAAUUUUGUCAUUUUCCCCAUUUCCAAAAAUCAGCUGAUUUGUUGCUAAAAAUUUUGCUGGGCGCCAUCUUGAUUAUUGUGCAAUACCUGGGAGCAGUGCCUGCCGUCUCUCGCCUUUUUCUGCAGAGAAGUGCCGCUUUGGAACACCCGGUCUUUUUCGCGGCCUGGUGGCCGACCCAUAGUAGCUACGGUCUGCUCCAUCCGGAUUGAUUGAACCCCCCAUCACUGUGUGGGGACAUCAAUCAUUCUUAAGUUACACGCUUGUAAAGCAUGGGUGUGCUUUUGGUCACAGGAAUGUUGAUCAAUAUUCACAGUUUUUAUCAAUAUUUCAAUGUUUCGGAACCUUUUAUGCUAUUUGGAAUGGUUGUAUGGACAUAAAUAGUAUUUAUGAUGAAGAUAACUCCCAAUAAAAGUCAACAUUUAAACAGUAAA